AUGGAAGCUCUAUUGAAGCUUUCCGUCCUCCUCCUGCUCUCUCUUUCCUCCAUCCUCUCCGCUCCAAUCGCCACCGCCGCCGCCGUCAUCGGCGUCACUUACACCUCUCCUCUCACCGCGCCGCCACCGACCUCAACCGGCGGCAACUCCUCGCUGCCGACUCCUCCUCCGCCACAGCGCGCGCGGCCGGAGGCCAUCGCCGCCGUCGUCUGCGAUCUCCGAUUCGGCGCCGUCCGCCUCCCGCAGCCGGAUCCCAAUCUCAUCCGAGCCUUCACCUUCACCAACACCUCCCUGCUCCUCUCAAUUCCAAACUCGCUCCUCGCUCCCCUGGCCUCCAAUCGCACUCUGGCGGUCCACUGGCUGCACGUCCACGUCCUCCCUUUCUAUCCGCGCUCCAAGAUCGCCGCGAUCUCCGUCGGCGAGGACGCCGUCGCCGCCUCCGAGCUCCCGUUCCUGCUGCCUGCCAUCCGCAACGUCCACCUCGCGCUCAGGGACAUCGGAAUCAGGUCGAUCUCCGUCUCCACGACGUUUUCCUUCAUCAACAUCGUCACGACGGCGUUCCCUCCUUCCGCGGCGACUUUCAAGGAGCCGAUCGGCGAGGCGGUGAUCAAGCCGCUGCUCCAGUUCCUGGAAGACACCAACUCUUCCUUCUUGGUGAAUCUCUAUCCGUACAACAUGUACCGGCUCCACUUCCAGAUCCCGCUCGGAUUGGCUCUGUUUCAGGAAGGUAAUUUCAAUUUCCGCGACGAUUUCGCGACUGGAGUCCGGUACCGCAAUCUGUUCGAUAUGAUGGUGGAUUCCGUCGUCGCUUCCUUGGCGGUCGCCGGCCACGAGAGCAUCCCCUUGGUCGUCGCCGAGACUGGCUGGCCGAGCUCUGCCGCAGACGGCAACGCCGAGUCCGACGCUAAUCCGGCGUACGCGGAGCUGUACCUGAAGUCGUUGGUCGCGCACUUGAACUCCGGCAAGGGAACGCCGCUGAGGAAGGAAGGGGUGGCGCAGGCCUACAUCUACGAGCUGGUUGAAGAAGCCGAUCCGAAGCAGCAGCUGCAGCAGCAGGGGGCGCACAAUUGGGGUAUUCUGUACCCUAACAUGAGCAAGAAGUACCACUUUGACCUGUCCUCUGCCUCUAAGAACGGUACCAUUGCUUCAGGGAGAUUGCUUCUUCUAUUCUCCAUUGCGCUCUCCUAUUUGUUGUUCCUGUAG